UGCUAUCUAGUCGUCAUAUCUAUGCUUGGCCUUCUCAGGCAUUGACCAUCCUAACACUACGAACGACAAGCAUUGAAGCUGCUGUGGAAAGUUGAGGAUGGCAGGUCUGCAGUGGGAACUUCCCCCAGAGCUAUGCUGUCGACCGAUGGCUUUUGUUGCCCUAACUGGUUUGGAUGUAGUCUACAAUGCUGUGCACCGUGCAAUAUGGGAUGUGUUCAGUGCCAACCGGCGAACUGACAGAGUGCCAAUCUCUUUCAAAAUUCUCCCCGGUGACCACGAGUAUCCCAAGUGUCGAACUAAGCGUACGUCUUAUGAGUGGUACAUUCCCAAAGGAAUAUUGAAAACAUCCUGGAUGAACAAGCACCUCAAUGAAGUACCAGCACUGGUUGUUGUCUUCUAUGAAUUGGAUUGGGAUGACCCACAGUGGAAAGAGAAACAAUCUGAAUGUGCUACAAAGGUUGAGAUUGUCAGAUCCAGUCUUCAAAGCAGAAAUACUAAAGUGGCUGUAGUUUUAAUUCAAAAGAAAACACCUCUGCCUCCAGGAGAAGACUUGGUAGCAUCUGAAAGAGCUGCAGCCAUUUGUCAUGCCUGCGAUCUGUCCGGAAAGAGUCUGUUUGUUCUGCCACAUACUGACCACCUGGUUGGUUACAUUAUAAGGUUGGAGAAUGCCUUCUAUGAACAUGCUCAGACAUACUAUUACAAUGAAAUCCGUCGAGUUAAAUCUCAUAAGGAGUUUCUAAACAAGACAACACAUCAGUUGCUGUUUGUCCGACACCAGUUCAAAAUCGCUUUCUUCAGUGAGCUGAAGCAAGACACCCAGAAUGCUUUAAAACACUACAGAACUGCCUACAGCCUGGUCCACGAGCUGAGAGCCCAUGAGACAAAUAUGUUGGAGAUCAAAACCUUGGCAGGAUUCAUUAACUACAAGGUGUGCCGUCUCUGUUUCCAGCACAAUACUCCACUUGAUGCUAUUUCCCAGUUCAGAAAGCACAUUGAUCUUUGUAAGAAGAAGAUUGGUAGUGCUGAACUGGCUUUUGAGCAUGCUGCAUGGAUGGCAAAACAGUUCCAGUCUUUUGGUGAGCUGUUUGAUGAUGCAAUAAAAUUGGGUCUGGCAGCUAUCCAGACACAGAACCCUGGUUUCUACUAUCAGCAGGCUGCCUAUUACAGCCAGGAAAGAAAACGACUUGUACUGCAGCUCAGUCAGGCUGGAACAAUAUAUCCUUCGUCCGACCCUAUGGACAUGCUGAAUGGGGGACUGGACUACUAUGGCCAAAGACCAUGGAGACAAGGACACCAGAGUAUUGAUCCUCCUGACCUAGACAAAGAACGGAAGGGAAUUCUGGCAUUGCAGCUCAUCGAAAGGGGUAUCCCUCAUUCAGAGCUGAUAAUAACUCUUCUCAGCAAUGCUGUUGCCCAGUUUAAGAAGUACAAAUGCCCAAGAAUGAAAAGUCAUCUUAUGGUGCAAAUGGGAGAGGAGUACUACCACGCUCAAGAUUAUGCUAAAGCCCUCAAACUGUUGGACUAUGUGAUGUGUGACUAUCGCACAGAGCGCUGGUGUGGAAUCCAGACAGCCAUAUUAACCACAGCUCUGCAAUGUGCCUACCUAAUGGCUAGUGUCAAAGAUUAUAUCAUAUUCUGUAUGGAGCUCCUGGGCAGAGCUUCAACACUGAAGGAGGAGCAAAAGUCUAGGAUUGAGCAGAAUCUCAUGCAAGUUCUGAAGAACAAGAUACCUGAUCCUGAGCCUCAGUGUGAUCAGUUUUCAGCUAAUGCAGGACGGUCAUUGUGGAAUCAAUGUAUGGCUUCAGGUGGCUCAAAUGAAUUAAUUAUUGAUGUGCAGGACUACAUACCAUUCAUUCAAUGUAAAGCCAAAUUCCGGUCUCCCAGUUUCCAUGUAGAUGAAGUCAUCCGGCUCCAGGUGUUCGUGAGAGCUGACUGUCCUCAUCCUGUAUCAUUCACCAAACUGGCUGUCAGCUUAAGCAAUCAGGAAUAUAAUCAAUGGUGUGUUCUGGAAACAUCAAGUCAAGAGUGCAAAACCCUUCUGCCUGGAAAAACCAAAUGCUACAACUUCAGCUUUGUGGCAAAAACCAUAGAUGUUGGGAAAAAAAUUGAGAUGACAGGUGUAGAGAUCAUGCUUGGCAGUGGGAGUGGUCGCUGUCUGUUUCUGAGAUGGAGAGGGGCAGGUGGAGACGCAGCCACAACCCAAGAGUUCCUGCAGUCUAACAGGUCAUCAUAUUGUCGUGAUCCCGAGGAAGAUUUGGAUUGGGAUUGCAUGACCAUCCUACAAAAUACCAUGAUCAUCUCCAGAGUUCCAAAGAUCUAUGUAGAGCUGAGUCAUCAGCCUCCUGCUCUUAGCAAUGAAAUGUACUGUAUUCACUUUACGGUCCAAUCACUGGAGGAGGCCGUAGCCAAGGAUGUGAAACUGACUGCAGGACUCAAACCCGGCCAAGAUGCCAAUUUAAGUCAGACUACCCAUGUGAUGCUUGAUAACUCCAAGGCUUGUGAUGAUACUACACCUCCUCUGCUCCCUGACAUAUUUCUGGGGAAUUUGAAACCAGGCGAAAAGCUCAACAGAUGUGUAUAUGUGACAUGUUUGACAACUGGACCAAGGCUGUUUCUGUUCCACGUAGCUUACAGCAUUGAUGUAACUGUGGAUGGACAACAGAUAGUAUGCAAAUGUCAGAAGGAUGAAACUGUCACCAUUGAGACAUUGGUCCCAUUUGAAGUUUCUGCCAGCUUUCUGUCAACCAAGUUUGAGCCACUGGAGCAGAUAGCAGUGGACAUUCCCUUUCUGAUGUUAACAGAGGUCCAGUCAUCAUCCCCCUGGCCCCUGCUCUUGGCUUCCUCAUCUCUGCAGAAUAUAGGAAUAACAAACACACAACACCAUGAGUUCCAGUUGCAGGACGUGAUUCUGCAGAAAGAUGAGUGUGCAAGUGAAUGUUUCUGUCUUCGGUGUCCACCACUGGCCAACAACAAUAACGCUGUGGCUACUGGACAGUACCUCAUAUCAUGGAGAAGACAUUCCUCCAGCCCAGGCAGUCCUCUCAUCGGCACAACAGUCACUCUGCCACAUGCCUUUCUGGAGCCUGUCCCACUUUACAUCCAUGCUGAUAUCCCUCCCUUUGGGAGAGUCCGAGAGUCCCUUCCAGUUUGUUUCCACAUAGAGAACAGAACAGUUCUGGUCCAGGAGGUGCAGAUAGCUGUCGAACCAUCUGAUUCCUUCAUGUUUUCUGGACUAAAACAGGUGCAUCUCCGUAUACUUCCUGGUUCAAAGCAACAGAUGCUGUAUAACUAUUAUCCGCUGAUUGCGGGUUACCAAACAUUACCACAACUCAGCAUCAGCAUGUCUCGCUGUACAACCAAUGCAUACAACCUCAGACGUUUCCUCCCCCAUCGUAUCUUUAUCAAGCCACAGGGCAAAGAGCUGGACAAUGACUCCAUUGCUGCAGCUUGAGAUUUGAGUUUGAUGUACGACUCUUAGAACAAAAUAUUGUGUAGGAUGUCCUUUGGAUGAUUUUUUUUGUUUUUGUUUUUUUACCCCCAGAUGACAGAAAUACACUCACAUUUAAUUUGGGUGUUGUGAUGUUUAUUAACGGUAAUGAACACAAUCUAAUAAAUUAGGGGACUGUCAUUGAAGACUAAAAUAAUAAUUAUAAAUUAUAAUCUGAUACGAACUGUAUUGAAACUGGUGUAAUGUUUGGCAUGUCUUCAAAUAAAAAUCAUGGAAAUGCUAAAUAAGUGUUUAAAUGUAUUAUUUUCACUAUUAACAUUUUGAAGAAGAAAAAACAAAAGAGCUACAGAUCUCAGUUGCGUAUUCUGAGAACAGCUGUCUAUGCAGAAAUGCCAAAGGGAAUAUUGGUAGUGAAGAAUAUAAUACUUAUACAAACUAAAAUGGACCCCCACUAUUUGUGGGGCAUAGGGACCGGU